GAGAACCGCUCCACUGGUGUCUCUGACUCCGGGAUGGCUGCAGUUUCGGCCGCAGACUCGAGUCCGGGGUUCACUAAAAUAACCCCCGAGAUUCUGCAGGAGACGCUCCGACUGUUCAACCUGAGCCGCCAGGAGUUCAUCAACAUCUACAAGAUCCAGCCGCUUGUCUACGUCCCCGAGCUGCCCUACAGCGCCAAGACCACUUUCGUCGUCAUCUACGUGGUCAUCUUCGUCCUGGCUCUGGCCGGCAACAGCCUGGUCGUCUACAUCGUGGUGAAGAAGCGAGCCACCCAGACCCCCACGGAUGUUUUCGUGUGUUCUCUGGCGGUCAGCGACUUGCUCAUCACUUUCUUCUGCAUCCCCUUCACUUUGCUGCAGAACAUCUCGUCGGAGUGGGUCGGAGGGGUGUUUUUUUGCAAAAUGGUCCCCUUCAUCCAGACGACCGGGAUUGUGACCGGAAUCCUGACGAUGACCUGCAUCGCCAUAGAAAGAUACCAGGGCAUCGUGUUCCCGCUAAGAACCAGAAGGCAGUAUUCUUCAAGAAGAGCGUACAAGGUGCUAGGAUAUGUUUGGAUGGCCUCAGUCGUCGUCAGCUCGCCAAUGCUGUUUGUGCAGCAGCUGCAGGUGAAGUACGACUUUUUGUACGACCACAACCACGUGUGCUGCCUGGAGACUUGGCCCUCGGUCACCCACCGACAGGCCUACACCACCUUCAUCAUGGUGGUCCUUUUCCUGCUUCCCCUGGCUGCCAUGCUGUUCCUCUACACGCGAAUCGCCAUUGAGCUGUGGAUUCGAAAGAGAGUGGGCGACUCAUCCGUCCUCAACACCAUGAAUCACCAGGAGAUCAACAAGAUAUCCAAGAAAAAGAAGCGUGCUGUGAAAAUGAUGAUCACCAUUGUUGUGCUUUUCACCAUCUGCUGGGCACCGUUCCACACCGUGCACAUGUUGUUUGAAUACUACGACCUGGAGAACAAAUACGACGGCGUGACGUUCAACAUGAUCAUUGCGGUGGUCCAGGCCAUUGGCUUCUUCAACAGCUUCAACAAUCCCAUCGUCUAUGCGUUCAUGAACGAGAACUUCAAGAAGAGCUGCGUCUCAACUCUCGCCCUCUGCAUCAGGAAGCCCGACCAGCAGGGCGGCGCUGUGGUGGCGCCCAAACUGAACGUGCAGUUCAUCAAACCCCAAUGCAGGGAGGCGUUUGUCGAGACAGACAAGCCGCUUGAGCCCAGACAACCGGAGCACGAAAGCCCUUUGAAUUCUUUGGAGGGCCGCAGCUCUGCAGAGAUCAUUGGCGAUCAAAUCUCGACUAUCCAGACGGAACUGGCUGCUAACAGCUCAUCUCAGGUCAAGUGACUGGCAUUCCAAUUAAGGACUUGAAAUAGCAGCACGGGGAGGGGAUGGCCGCUCACGUGAAUGCUCAUGUAUUUCACCUCAGCGGAUGGUAUAAAAUAGAACCAAACUGAGCCGAGGACACAGAUUUGUGAAAUAAGUUUCCGCACCCAGGCAAAACGUCUUUUUCCAUGGUCACCAGGCAUCGUCAUUCUUAAUCUCCCGAGUGUUGUGUGGUUUAUAAGAUGUGUGUACAUGUAAAAGUGUAAAAAGCGUCAAGUAGCCAUUUGUGAAACAACUCUACUACCUCGUGUGAUAAAGUUAUUUCAGAAUUUUCAAUUCAUAUUUGCUCUCUGAAUAGCUGCAGAUCUGAGGGAAACAGAAAACACCAAAUGACAAAGUGCUUUUCUGCCAAACUAUGGGUGAACAACUCCAUGCAUGAGCAGCACCUUUAUCAAUGUCUUUUAUGAGUUCUGGACUUGUAUACUGCCGAACAGUGAAAACACAUGAGCAUGAAUGAUAAAGAAAAAGCACAAUCACUUUCAAGCUUUUGCAACCGACCUUGAGGCAAAGAGCAGUUCAGUGUUCAGCCAUAUAUUUUAAGAAAGCAACGCAGAUGGAUUAUGCUCUUUUUGUGAUCGCAUUUUGUCAGUAUCGAAAGCAGCAAAAACAACGCAGCUAGACUGUGAUGUAAACAAUGAUGGGCACCGGUAAAAUUGUUCGGGAUCUGGAGGAAUAAAGAAGACUUUGCCAGUGAACAUUAAACAGCUACUUAUAGCAGCUACAUGUGCUUCUUUGACAUUUGAGGCUCCAUUCGAAAAGUUACAGAAAAGCGACGGAAACAAUCAGUCAUGAAGUUCUGUGUGGGUGAAGUUUUGUGUUUGUGUCUCUGGUUUUCUCCGGCGGUGUUUAACACUGGGCAUCUCUUGAUUCAUGUUACCUGUGAAUAGAACUGUAGCUUGGCCUUAUUGAUGGACAACGCAACUGUAUGUCAGAAUUUCUGAAAAUACAGCAUUUUAAUGUAAGAUGUAUUUUAUGAUGUAUUUAUUUCAUCAAGAGUCAGUUUUACUUUUUGAUUCUUCAUUUUUUGGGUCUGUGUUUGAGUGGCGGUAAAUCUAUUCUAGAGACAUUUGACAAACCGUCCUGGUGUUCAGAAUACUGAAGCAGGCUUUGGGAGAUGUUGCAACUCAUCUGAAACAGUUUACUUGCCUCUCCCUUUAAGACGGCCUCUUUCGUUCCACAACAAAUGAAUACUUUUGAAGAGGAGUUUUUCAUUUCACAGGCUGCCGAAUUACGUGCCGUGUCAAUGUUUUUGAUGUUAAUGACUUCUCAUCUGUUAUGUAAUAUUUUGCCAAAAUUUUGAUUCAUGUGACACUCAAUGAUUGAUACACUGUUCAAAAUGAGGCUGUUUGUGUCGGGGAGUAACUGGAUUCAGUCGUACAUGUUGCUUGUAAUCUGCUGUUACUUUUGUCUCAGAGUCACAAAGAGCCGCCCUGCUGUUUUGCUUGAUAAUAAAUAUAUUUU